AUGAGGACACCAAACCUGUCCCAACCUCCGCAAAAACGCGCCGUUGUCUCUUCCUUCAUCUUCAAAUUCCCAGAUGAAGGACGGAAAAAGCCUCAAGUCGCGCUGUUCCGGCGCAGUGACAAAGUGAGGACAUAUCGCCGCCACCUAGCACCGAUUUCUGGAAGCAUCGACCCCAAUGAAUCUCCCCUCGAAGCAGCAUGGCGUGAACUCUCCGAAGAAACCUCCCUCAACUGCACCUCGCUCUCCCAUUGGCGCACCGGCAAGCCAUUCUCCUUCACAGACCCCUCCGUUAACCGCGAAUGGAGUAUCCAUCCCUUUGCCUUCCGCCUAAAAAAUACCGGCGAAGGAGAAUUAGGCGAAAAAGCAAUCAAAAUCGAUUGGGAACACGAAGGCUGGCAAUGGUUCGACCCGGAUAGCAUAGUCGACAAUGAAGAGUUCGGGGGCGUGCCGCGGCUGCAUGAGAGUCUGCGCCGGAUAUGGUUCGAGGGCGAGAUGAAUGAGCGUGCGGCCGAGGUGCUGUCGGCGGGACUAGACCGAUUGCAGAUGGACCAUCAGAGCGGAUCCCAAGAGUUGACGGCGAUUGCAUUGGGCGUGUUUCGGGAUAUUGUCGUGCAAACGCGUAAUGGACUUGAUGAUGACUGGUGGGCGAUGGUACGUAUGGCUGCGUGGCAUCUGGGAAAGAAUGGCCGCGAGAGCAUGGGGACUUCAAUCACAAACGCACUCAUUUCAAUCUUGAGUGACAUGGAUGGUAUCUGGCAGCAGCAAACGAGCGAGGAAGCGAAAUGGGACCGUAUACUUGGGGCAAUUGACCACCAUAUUAGUGAGCGCAAGUGCCGAGCGAAGAAGAUAAAAGACGCUUUUGUCUCGUAUCUACAGUCGGCUUUUCCCUCAUCGGAUGAUCAUCAACAGAAGAACAGACUUGUUAUUAUGACUGUCUCCGCUAGUUCCACAAUACGAGACAGCAUCCUAGACGCCUUUGGUGCUAUAGGGAAUGUGAAAGCCCUUGAGCUUCGCGUCCUCGAAUCCCGGCCUCUAUACGAGGGAGUCACUGUCGCAUCCUCCCUAUACUCCCAGUUCAAAUCCCAAUUCCCAACAUCACUACAGAACAAAACCCUCGAAAUCAAAAUCUAUACCGACGCAUCCGUCGCCCUCGCCGCAACAGAUGUCGAUUUCCUCCUGAUAGGCGCAGAUCGCAUUUCCACUACAAAAGGCAUCAGUAACAAAAUUGGCUCUUUACCCGCUGUCCUGAGCGCAAAGCACGUUCAGCCCUCCAUCAAGGUACUCGUGCUAAGCGACCUGGAGAAAAUCGAAGGACUAAAUGGGGAGGAGUCGCAAUCAUCACAGGAGGAUAAUGACCCGAUGGAGAUUGUGGAUGGAUGGAACAGUCAAGGCGUCAAGGGUCUUCCAGUCUUGGAAGACGGCAUCAAUGCAAGCAAGUCUGGGGAUAGCAAUGCUCGCGUGCAAGUCAAGAAUAUCUACUUUGAAUGGGUUCCGUUGGCGCUCGUGGAAGCUUUGGUUUGUGAGCAAGGUGUGCUGAAUAAGGACAGCAUUCGGGACCAGUCACUGCGACUGGGAGGGAGGAUAAAUCGGUAUUUUGGUGGAUUAUAG